AGCCUGAGAUUAGUUGCAGGUCCCCGGCGCUUGGUAAUGUGAAAGAUAGUGGGGGUGCUGCAUGGGCUAUGGUGUGUUAUCAUAAGCGGUGGAGCAGAGGAGACGGUCUGGAGAGUUUCGCCACCAGACAAGCUCAAGAGGCGGGGGUCAGGCAUGGGCUGCAGUCACAGCCGAACUUGCUGUAGCAAGGUCCGGAGGAGAAGGAGAAAAGAUGCAGCCAAAGAGCGUGGGAGCUUCUCCCGGGAGCUGAACACACUGCAUGAUGGAUGUAAGCCUCAGCUGGAGGGUCAGGGGCCUGAGAACGCGAAUGUGUCCGUGCAGGAGCAGCAUGAGUGGGAGCUGAGGAGCCUCCGGGAGACCCUGACUGCCACAGGGAUCAAGGAAAGAGAGGAGCUGUUGCAGACUCACCGAGAGGAGCUCCAGAGAGUCACGCAGGAGGUCACUGUAAAGGUUGAAAAGGAGAAGACUGUAGAGCUGGAAGCAGUCUUUUCUGAGCAGAUUCAGUCUCUCAAAGCUGAGCACGGGAACACAGUAGCUGAGCUCCAGCAAUCACAUGACCUUGAGAAGAACUCUUUGACAGAGUCCUUUGAGACAACUCGGACAUCUUUACAGAGCAAGAUUGAUGAGCUGUCUGCAGAACUGCAGGUGUUCAACGAGUUGAAGAGGAGAGUGGAGGAGUCGGUCCUGAAGAGAGACCUGCACAGAAAUAUCCAGGCUUACGGGAGUCCUGGCUCUUUCUGGGAGCAGGAGCUGGAGAGCUUGUUGUUUGUGAUUGAAAUGAAGUGUGAGCGGAUCCAGGAACAAGGCAAGAAGCUGCUCCACAUGGAGACUGUGGCUGAGAAGAACCUCUCGCUGGAGGACAGGGUGAAGAAUCUCCUUCAACAGAACGAGGACCUGAAGGUCCGCUUGGAGAACCACCAGGCUUUCAUUAAACAGCUGUCCCGCGAGCACACUUUGCUACAGGAAGCUCUGGAGAAGGAGACCAACCUGAGCCAGAAGUUGCACCGUGAGAAAGAAGAGCUUGUCUACAGGAUGAUCAAUGGGAACUCCUCGCCAACCUUCCACCUGUCUGGCAAGGCCCUGCCUCCCCUCUCACCUGAGCUGUCCCCCAGUGCUCCCCAGCAGGCUGUGGUCAGUGGUGUCUGGACCUGGCUGUCUGUGCCGGCAGCACAGUGACGGUGGUGGACACGCUGGUGGA